UCCACUUGAGAGCCAGAAAGAUAAGAUAGAAACUAGAAAGUUUGAAGAGAUCAGAAGAAUUUUAAUUUUGAUUUUAUUUUUCUUCUUUUUCAAUUCGAUCGAGAAAAUGGGCAAUAGUCUAAGGUGCUGUUUGGCUUGCGUUCUUCCAUGUGGAGCUUUGGAUUUGAUCCGUAUAGUGCACUUGAACGGCCACGUGGAGGAGAUAACGCAUCCGAUCACCGCCAACGAAGUGCUUAAGAACAAUCCCAAUCACGUUUUGAGCCAACCCAGUUCUCAGGGCAUGGUUCGCCGGAUUCUGAUCCUGUCGCCGACGUCGGAGCUCAAGAGGGGCAGCAUCUACUUCUUGAUUCCGGCGUCUUCCAUCCCCGCCGACAAGAACAAGAAGAAAAACGCCGGCAGCGCCGCCGUGAAGUCCGGGAAAAAGAGCGGCGAGAAAUUGUUCCACGUUAAUGGAGCAGCAGCAGCGAAGGCCGGGUGCGAUCGUUAUUCCACGGAAAAGAAGUCGUCGUCGUCGGCGUCGCACCGGCGGCGCCGGAGCGGUAAAGUCGGAGAAUGGAGGCCCCAUCUCGCUAGCAUUUCAGAAGAUUAAUCAAUCCAACGUUUUUGUCCUCCCAGGCAUUUGCAUGGGGAAUUUCGAUCUUGUGGAUAUAUUUUCUUUUGCUUUUUUUUUUUUUUUUUUUUUUGGGUGUUUAUUCAACCUGGAUCUGCAUGUAACAACGGCGGAUCAGAAGCUGAAGCCGGCGGCGGUGACGGCCACGCCGGUGCAUGUGUGAGUGGAGACGAUGAUGAUGGAGUGUUACGUUUUUGCCCCCAAGAAAUUGACAAGAAAGGGGUUUUCAUGGUUUGUACUCAGAGGAUGGGAAGUUGUACUUUGAGCAACAAAAACCCUCGAGGAGAUUCAUGUAUCCAAUUCAAGUAAAAGAGGAAAUGCAAAAUAUUCAUAUUUUUCCUCUUUCUUCUCAAUUUUUGGGGCUAAAAUUGACUAAUAACAUUUCAUGUAAUACAUACUUUUUUUUUUU